AUGGUCUACCGCGUAAUGGUCUUCUCACCACGCAAGACAACCAUCACACACGAGGAAUUCAAAACCCGCUACGAGCAGCACAUGCGCAUGAUAGCAGAUAUCUGCGGCGACGCAGCACCCCCUCUCGCACACGCGACGUACGAUGCCGUUGUCACCAUGUCCUUUGGGGACGAGGCUGCAUGGGGCAGGUUCUGUUGUGCGUUGAAUACGCCGGAGGCUAAGGCGAUGAUUGAGACUGAUGAGGCGGGGUUUUGGGAUCGGGAGAGGAUGAAGGUUAUGGUUGUUGAGGAUGUCAGGAAGUUGGAAAAGUAG